CGUCUGUUUUGUCCUCUCCUCUCUCUCUCUUUCUCUCUCUGUCUCUCUCUCAUGCAGUCAUACUUUGUCACCGACUAUGAUCCUACGAUCGAAGACUCUUACACCAAGCAGUGCGUGAUUGAUGAAAGGCCGGCCAGGCUGGACAUCCUCGACACGGCUGGACAGGAAGAGUUCGGAGCCAUGCGAGAACAAUACAUGAGGACAGGGGAGGGCUUCCUGCUCGUCUUCUCAGUCACUGACAGAGGAAGCUUUGAAGAAAUCUACAAAUUCCAAAGACAGAUUCUGCGAGUCAAAGACAGAGAUGAAUUCCCCAUGAUCCUCGUAGGCAACAAGGCAGAUCUGGAGCUGCAGAGACAAGUAACCCAGGAAGAGGGCCAGCAGCUGGCCAGACAGCUAAAAGUCACAUAUAUGGAGGCUUCAGCUAAAAUCCGUAUGAACGUAGACCAGGCUUUUCACGAGCUGGUUAGGGUAAUCAGGUAAGUUGACACUUCUUCUU